UCCAACACAUACACGCCGCUUACGUUUCGACUGCCACGCGCACAAGAGAAGUGCAGAGCUAACAUUUAACUUACGGGGCUUCGACGGAGUGCAACGGACUGCCCUGGACCGAAACCUGGAGCAGGCGAGAUCGUCUCGCAUGCGCAAUCGUCGCCGUGAACGCCACGAAGGCGUAUUGCGAAUGAUUGCGAAUUUAGCGUGCUUGUCCGAUGACUCCGUCGUCCACGUGACCGUCAACGUAUAUAAACACACGCACACGCACAUACGUGUGUGCGUGUACGGAAUAUGAUGUGGAGCAUAUGUUGACGGCAAGCUUACGCUGGCUUACGCCUCGACGCUGAAAAAGUUGAAUUCUUCGAUUCGCGAUAAGAUACUUAGGCGUCAAAAUCUGCCGAGCGUGUACACAGGAUUUCUCAUCUUUUCCAGGGACAGUCCCAUUAAACGAAGAGAUGGCGACGUCCGAAAGCGAUGCCGACUUUGAAAGCGCCGACGAGGAAUUGGGCCGUGGGAUGUUCGUUAAGAGAAACAUCCGGGCGCCAGUCUACCGAACGACGGUUGACUCCGAGUCAGACGAUGAUACUGAAUAUGUUCAACACGCGCCUUGCGAUAUCACCAACUGGCAGAGCAGAUCUGAGACUUUCCGAAUGACGCCAGAUGUGUUGACUGGUCGAAAGACUUUGGUCGAUAAUAAGGAUGAUAAGAUAGAUAGUAAUGUCAAAGUUGAAAGUAAUGCAUGUACUGCCAAGUCGAUUGGUUGUGUAGAAAAGGCUUCUAACGAACGAGAGACUACGUCCCCCUUUGAGUCAAGAAAAUCUUCAUCAAUCUCUGCGAUAUCAGUAAAGGACAAAGAAUCUGUGGUAGAGAGUAAUAAGAUCUUGGAAUCAGAUGUCAUGUCUGAAGUAGAAGCUACAAAAACCAAGUUGGAUAACAAGAAAAGUUUUCAAAUAAAGCAACAACAAAGUACUACUCGCCAAUUGGAUACAAAAAAAUUAGGAACUAGACUUACAAAGGACAAGGUCGAUGAGCCUUACGUCAGUAUAGCUAUGGAACUAGAAGAUUCAGCCAAGUGUUCAAAUGAGAAAUCCUUACUGUUUGUGAGCAAAAAUACAGAAUGUAAAUCAGAAGAAAAAUCAAAAACUCAAGUAACAGGUAAUCAAUUUAGACCAUCAAAUGAUUUGUCAGAAAUAGACAUGCCAGAAGAAUUAAAGUCGAAUAAAAAAUUUAAAGAAGUUUUUCAGCCUGAAGGUUGGGAAGGACUUGGAGAUGACGUCGAGUUGCCUGAUGAAUUGACAGAAGAGAAAUUGCAGCCUAUGUUACAGAGGCUCUCCUUGGCAAACAAAGAAGAGGACAAAGACGAAAGUUCUUUAGGAAGCUGGGGCAGUUGGGGAAAUUGGGGUGUAACUUCGUUAAUCAAUACAGCUUCUGCAAGUGUAUCUACUCUGACUAGUCAUGUGUCUCAAGGACUUACACUUUUGGAAGGUACAAUAGUACAGGAUCCUACAGAAUUGGAAAGGAUAAAGCAAAAUACAGUUCCUGAAACUGAUGGUGCACAGCCAGAGACCCAGGAACAAGAAAAUCGAUCGUUCAGUUCGUUCGGAUUUGGGAAUUUGAUAUCAGGAGUGUCUUCAAUUACAAAAUUGGUUGAAUCCACCGGUAGCAAAGUUAUGACGGGUGGUUUAGAUACAUUGGAGGCUAUCGGAAAGAAAACAAUGGAGGUAUUGCAAGAGGGUGAUCCAGGAUUAAAGAAAAAAAGGUCCUUUUUCAUGAAUGAGCCGGAGAAACCAAACUUAUCGCAAAUUCUCAGAGAAGCGAAGGAAAAAGCCGAAACUGAAAAGAAAACGAUCGAGGAACGCGAAUUAGCAAGAAAGGUGCAUUUCGAGAGUCUGUUCGAUGAUUAUCAGGGACUCGUUCACUUAGAAGCUCUGGAAAUGUUAUCAAAACAGAGCAAUAUGAAAAUUCAACAAUAUUUAAUCGAGUUGGAUACAAACGACUUAACAUCUGUGCAAGAAACAUUAGAAGAAAUCAAGGAACUUUGUGAUCUAGGUGAUGAAGAUGACGAUGAGAAUAAAGAUGAUAAAGAUUUGAAAAGCAGAUUAAAGAACGCUCGUCACGAUCUUAGUGUUGAUAUUACUUAUGAAAAAUUAUAUGAUAUUUGGACAGAAACGGAAAAUUAUCUUGCGUCAUCCACGACGUAUACAGAUCAGGAGAUCUUUCAGAAUGCUAUAUCGACAUUGGCACAGUUUACAGCACUCUCCGUAGAGAGAUUUCAUAAGACAGCAGAAUUGUUGUUAAUCAAAGAACGUCGCAGUACAGUGAACGAAGCAGAUGCCUUGGUACAACUUACCAAUGUUCUAUCCAAUCAGAUUAGCUUACUGGCCAAUUCAUUUUGCGAUACGUUACAUCAAUUUGCCGAGAUUACGAAAAAACCAGAUAACAUCAAUGCGAACAUAACAACGAUUUUCUUAGAAGCUGCAAAUGCAAAUUCAUAUAUUCAAGAUGCCUUUAGACUUCUUAUUCCUAUUCUACAAGUUGGUGCAAUCUAAUGAAUAAU